UUUUUUUAUGAUAUAUAGAUUUGCAAGUAGAAAUACUAUCUAACUAAUAUAAAUUAUAGAAAAUAAUAUUGAAAAUGGACAUUGAAUCCGAUAUGGACUGGACCCCCGUACAGGCUAAGAAAAAAAUCACAAUAAAGUUGUAUGCAACUUCUCAGAAAGGGAAGAAGAGUGAUAAAUCAAUGGAAAAUUUUAGUGACAAUAUUCUAGAAGAAACAGGGAAGAAGAGUGAUAAAUCAAUGGAAAAUUUUAGUGACAAUAUUCUAGAAGAAACAGGGGAGGAGAGUGAUAAAUCAAUGGAGGGUUUUAGUGAAAACUUUCUACAAGAAAUAGGACAUCUAAAUGAUCCAGUACAGGAAGAUUCACAUGAAAACAUUUUCCGAGUAACAGAAACGGAGUCUGAUUCUUCACUAGAAUCAUCGCCUGAUUUGUUACACCUGAGGCCAUGUGAGCACAGAAAGAGGGAAAGAAAAAAGAUAAGAGAAAGUAUUACACAAAAAGGACAGAUGCAGAAAAAAAAGAAACCCAAACGGCCAUGUGUGUAUUGUGAGCAAUUUCAGUCGAAACUCUCAAGACAUAUAGCUAGAAUGCACAGUGAGGAGCCCGAAGUCAAAGAAAUACUAGGUCUACCUCCAAAACAAAGGAAUCGCAGGUUCGACCAACUACGAAAAAAUGGAAUGUACAAAUACAAUCUAAAAAUGUUGAAAGAAAAUCGUCACAAUCAAUUUCUUCAAUGCGAACGAAGUGUUAAAAGUGACGAUCUCAAAAUGUGUGGAUACUGUAAAGCCUUCGUUACGCGGAAAUACUUUCAUAUGCAUGCUAGAACAUGUAGGUCCCAAAAUGGGGAAAUUUUUUGCAGCAAGUUGCCACUGUCCGUGUUAACUGCAGAAAAUACAGAGGAUUUGCUAUUUACCGACCUAUUAGCAAGGUUUAAUAAUGAUGAACCAGGUCGAUUGUGUCGUACGGACCAUAUGAUCAAAAAAAUAGGGAGAAGUCUUUUUGAGCGGCAUAAACGAAAACAAGAUAAAAAGACUGAGGUGCGGAAAUCUGUUAUGCUAAAAAUGAGAACUUUGGCCACUUUGUUUAUGGAAUUUCGUAGAUGUAUGAAGAGUAAAUUUGGCAACGAUGUUAAAACAGAAUCAAUGCUUAACAGAAAAAAUUUUUUAAUGUUAGAGGAGGCGAUAAACAAUGUGACAACUUUAAAAGAGGGUGGAAUAAAAGCUGGAUCAAAAAUUUUUAUUGGCAAUCUUUUAAAAAAUGCUGUCAAAAUAAUGAAAGGGACAUACCUUAUUGAAGAUGAUGAUGCGAAGGCGGAAACUAUCGAUAAAUUUGCGGCCGUUCUCAAUUUGCGCUGGACUAGCAUGUUCGGCGAUGCUGAAUACAUUCUGCAGCAUAAUCGCCAGACCAAGCUGCGACAACCAGAACUGCUUCCUAAUGAACAGGAUGUCGCCAAAAUAAAAACAUACACUGUAAAUACGUUAGCAUCCCGCUUGAGUGAUGAAUAUUUUUUACCAUGCCAGGAAAAUUUUAUUGUUAUUCGUAAUCUUGUGAUGUCACGCCUCACGCUCUUCAAUGCAAGGAGAGGUGGUGAACCCAGUCGUCUUCUUAUGAAGGAUUGGGAAAAUGCUAAAAAUGAUAAGUGGAUUGAUACCCAAAGAAUUCAAUUCUUGUCAUCAUCUGUCGACCAAGAGUUGAUGAAAAAAUUCAAAGUAAUGUACCAGGGUGGUAAAGGAAACAAUCACCUUGUCCCUGUUCUUGUUCCCAUCGACUGUGUCGCUGGUCUUGACUUUCUAGUAAACCUAGAUAUUCGCAAAAACAGUGAUGUUCACAAAGAAAACCGUUUCAUCUUUGCCAGCACACGUUUGUCCAUGGAGCAUGCAAGUGGAUGGCAUGCAACGAAGGAAGUGGUAGAUGCCGCUGGUGUGAAAGCAGUUGUUACAGCAACUAAAAUGCGACACCGGGCAUCAACACUCUAUGCGUGCCUCGAUAUUCCAGAACAACAACAGCAAGUUUUUUUCAGACAUAUGGGACAUUCUUCAGAUAUCAACAAAAAUGUGUACCAGUGUCCUUUGGCCAUUGAGGAAAUCACUCAAGUUGGAAAAUAUUUUGCUGACAUUGAUGGGAUGAGCUUAUCUUCUGGAAGACAGGAUUCUAUGGCAUGCUCAGCGUCAACAGAAAAGGAAGCAUGCUCGGAGUCGACAGAAAAUGAAGCAUGCUCGGAGUCGACAGAAAAGGAAGCAUGCUCAGAGUCUACAGAAAAGGAAGUGGCAAAUACAAAUUAUUUGGCAGGCUCAGAUAAUAUAAGUGGUGUGGCGAAGCAAACAAAGCUAGUAAAUGAGUUCAUUGACGAAGGUAGGACAGAAACUGGGCAAACCGUCAAAUUUGUGAGAAAAGGUAGCCUUUUAAUAACUAUACUACUGAACUCCGUAGAUGCAAAUCGUAUAAAGUUAGUUUACCUUUUUAUAGCUCGACAGUAUGUAAAAUGGCAGCCUCAAGAAAGUGAGUUAUUAAAAAAUAAUUUCAAAGAUGUUAUUGAGGACACUUCUCAAGAGGGGAAUAAAGGGAAUCUGCCAAGUCUAGCUCAGAUAAAGUUGUUCCUUGAAGAGAAUCACAUAUUAGAAUCCAUCACUGAUAUGAACCAGAGAGUCCGGAUAGUUCACACAAAAUUGUUCAAUGAGCGAAAGAAAUUUCGAGAAAAAUAUCAAACACGACUAGAAAGAUUCAAUUAAUAGUUUUGUGUGCUUUGUGAACUUUUUUCUUUUCGUUCUGAGGCUGUGAAGUGGGUGUAUGUUAUUUUCUUUUGUUAACAUAAGGUUAGAGUUCCACACUCUCCUUAUAGUGAUCCAAGUCCAAUUUCUGGCGAUAUCUAGGAGCAUUAGAGUUGACUGAACAUUCUCCCAAUGAAAAGGGAGAUUUCAUUGUCAUCCGGACAUGGAGCCUGAUGUGGAUACCCACGUCUUCACAGCCUCGUUUGAUUUUGCAGUAUCGAUGUGAUUGUUUUCCAAUAAAGUUAUAGUGAUGGAAGCUGAUUUGUUUAUUCCUAAAGUAUGUCACCUUGACUGCGCCUGUGUUUGAGGUCUUUUCUCAUGUGUAGGGCUGGGCAUUUUUGAAUACCUGAUGAUUUCAGAAUCGAAUGUCGAAUACUAAGGGAGUCUAUGGAAGCUAUGUAAUUCUAUGCUACUUUUUUUAUUGUGGUCCUGCCAACAAAUUUAUUACUGAAACAUGAAUAAAUUACUAAGAAAGA